CCAGCAGUAAGCCCCUUUUAUAAGAUGGCAUAGUAUUUGCAUAUAACCUGUAUAUACAUUUAAUCUCUAGAUUACUGAUAAUACUGUAUGCAAUGUAAACGUAUAAAUAUUCUACUGUGUUGUUUAGAAAAUGAGAAGAGAAUGUCUCCGCGUUCAAUACAGGUAAGUACGACUUUUUUGUUUCAGUAUGUGGUUGGUUGAAUCCUUGGGUAUGGAACCCAUGAAUAUGAAGGGCCAACUGUAUUACAGUCCAUUCUCAAAAUUUCAGUGAGUCCCCAGUGUUACAGUGAUUAAAGUGAAGACCCUUAGUAUGGUCCAGUUUCUAUUUCUCAUUCCUCUCUAUCUCUUAGCAGGCACCUUCUCAAGCUCUAUAUUAACCUAACUGGUUCUGACAUCCUGAGCUAACUACAUUAUGAGGAAAGGCUUGGGUCCUAAAAUAAAUAGGUGUGUAAGCAUCUGAGUUCUGGAGGGCCCCAGUGGGGAAAAACCAUGAAAUAACUAAGAUGCCAGAAGUUUGAGGAACUUUUGUUUUCUCUAUAAUUAUAUGAAGUUUACUGAAGAAUUUCUCAAGUUAGUUUUGGUGGGGUUGUUUUGUUUUGGUUGGUUUGUUCUGUUUUGUUUUGUUUUGUUUGAAGCAGAGUCUCACUGUGUAGCCCAGGCUAGCCUCAAACUCAAGGCAAUCCUCCUGCCUCAGCCUCACAAGGAGUGCGCUACCACGUCCAGCUUCUCAAGUUAUUUCUUUCUUUCUUUUUUCUUGGUACCAGGGAUCGAACUCCGGACCUUCCACUUGCAAGGCCAGGAGCGGAACCACUGAGCUAAAUCCUCGGCCCCUCUCAAGUUAUUUUUGCAGGGGGUGGUAGUGGGUACUCUUCUAAAGGUGCCUUAUUCCCCUUAUGGAUAGAGUCAUUGAUGAUCCAAGAGAGACUUGUGUAAGGUCUAAAAUCUGUAUUGCUAAACAAUUCUGAGAAGAGAGCUCUGCCUGUCCUCAGUUAUGCGUAGCUGAAAAUCAUCUCUUAUCAGAAGCCACCUUAUUGGGGCUCUAGGUGUAAGGGGUGUGCCUCAGUGAUGGUAUACUUGCUGCAUAUGUGCGAAGCAUCAAAAAAAUACCACCUUCUUUUGUUUUCUUCAGAGCACUCACUACUAAAAAUUAUUUCAUUGGGUAUUUUCUAUUAAAAUAUAAGCAGGAGCCUCAUCUUUCUUUCCCCAUUAUGCCACUUCUAAGGACAAGCCUGAUUAAAUUUUCAAAAGUUAAAGCCAUACAAGUAGUAAAAACAAGCACACAUUCAUGUGCACACUUGUGUUUGAGAGCUCAGUGAAUAAUAUACCAGCAUAUUCACCAGCCACCAAGAGCUCUUUUCAUGAUGGGGAGCCCUGAAGAUUUUAACUUUUCAGAAGCCUGGGGGAAUUCAUUGUAUUUCUGUAGAAUGGAAAAUAAUCAUCAGUGGUUACGUCGUGUAAGAAAACUGCACUUGAUGAGAAUCCAAUCUACAGGAAUAUGUAGAAGUAAUGAUGCAAUUCCUGGCCCACUACUGAUAUCUGUUCUAAAAUCCCAAAGACUAAAAGGCUUCACCUGUUUUUCACUGUCAAUUGCCUAAAGCUAUAAAUAGGUCCAAAGCUCAUCUCUGCUUUUAGCAGACAGAUCAAAUUACCAGGGGCAAAGUGAAAUAAUAAAAUGAGUGUCAGGAUAGUUUAUAAUGUUGCUCAGCCAUCCCACAGUCUGUUUCUCUUCCUACCUGCUGUACUAGCCUAGAAUCAAGGAUCCCAGCCACAAUGCCUCUGUUCAAACUUCCAGCAGAAGAAAAACAAGUUGAUGAUGCAAUGCGCAGCUUUGCUAAAAGAGUGUUUGCCUCUGAAGUCAAAGAUGAGGGAGGCCGUCAUGAAAUUUCCCCCUUUGAUGUGGAUGAGAUCUGUCCAAUUUCUUUUCACGAGAUGCAAGCACAUAUAUUCCAGAAGGAAAUUCUCUCCAUUUCCACCGACGGCCAGAGAAAAAGGCGUUUCCAAGGACGGAAGACUGUGAAUCUGUCAAUUCCACUGAGUGAAACGUCUUCCACCAAACUGUCCCAUAUUGAUGAAUGCAUUUCUUCGUCUCCAACCUACGAGACCGUGCCUGAUUUUCAGAGAGUGCAGAUCACUGGUGACUAUGCCUCUGGGGUAACAGUUGAAGAUUUUGAAGUGGUUUGUACAGGUCUGUAUCGGGCAUUAUGUAUCCGGGAAAAAUACAUGCAGAAGUCAUUUCAGAGGUUCCCUAAAACCCCCUCCAAGUACUUGCGGAACAUUGAUGGCCAAGCAUGGGUAGCAAAUGAGAACUUCUAUCCAGUCUUUACCCCUCCUCCGAAGAAGGGAGAAGACCCUUUCAGAGCAGAUAACCUUCCUGAAAACCUGGGCUAUCACCUCCAGAUGAAGGACGGCGUAGUUCACAUCUAUCCUAAUGAAGCAGCUGCCAGCAAAGAUGAGCCCAAGGCAUAUCCUUACCCAAAUCUGGACGCCUUCUUAGAUGAUAUGAAUUUUUUGCUUGCUCUAAUUGCCCAAGGACCUGUAAAGACCUACACUCACCGGCGCCUGAAGUUCCUCUCCUCCAAGUUUCAGGUCCAUGAGAUGCUCAACGAGAUGGAUGAGCUAAAGGAGCUGAAGAACAACCCCCACCGAGAUUUUUAUAACUGCAGAAAGGUGGACACCCAUAUCCACGCAGCUGCUUGCAUGAACCAGAAACAUCUGCUGCGCUUUAUUAAGAAAUCAUACUACAUUGAUGCUGACAGAGUGGUCUAUAGCACCAAAGAGAAGAAUCUGACCUUAAAGGAGCUUUUUGAUAAAUUGAAAAUGCACCCAUAUGACCUGACUGUUGACUCUCUGGAUGUGCAUGCUGGACGCCAGACAUUCCAGCGUUUCGAUAAAUUCAAUGACAAAUACAAUCCUGUGGGAGCGAGCGAGCUACGGGACCUCUACCUGAAGACGGACAAUUACAUUAAUGGAGAAUAUUUUGCCACUAUAAUCAAGGAGGUAGGAGCAGACCUGGUGGAUGCCAAGUACCAGCACGCAGAGCCCCGCCUGUCCAUCUACGGUCGCAGUCCUGAUGAGUGGAGCAAACUGGCCUCCUGGUUUGUCCACAACCGCAUCUACUGCCCCAACCUGACGUGGAUGAUCCAGGUCCCGAGGAUCUAUGAUGUGUUUCGAUCCAAGAACUUCCUUCCACACUUUGGAAAAAUGCUGGAGAAUAUUUUCAUGCCAGUGUUUGAGGCCACCAUCAACCCCCAGGCUCAUCCAGAACUCAGUAUCUUCCUCAAGCAUAUCACUGGCUUUGACAGCGUGGAUGAUGAGUCCAAACACAGCGGUCACAUGUUUUCCUCCAAGAGUCCCACGCCCCAGGAGUGGACAGUGGAAAACAAUCCAUCUUAUACUUACUAUGCCUACUACAUGUACGCAAACAUCAUGGUGCUCAACUGCCUGAGGAAGGAACGAGGCAUGAAUACAUUUCUGUUCCGACCUCACUGUGGGGAAGCUGGAGCUCUCACCCACCUCAUGAUAGCAUUCAUGAUAGCAGAUAAUAUCUCUCAUGGCCUGAAUUUGAAAAAGAGUCCUGUGUUACAGUACUUGUAUUUCUUAGCCCAGAUUCCCAUCGCCAUGUCACCAUUGAGUAACAACAGCCUAUUUCUCGAGUAUGCAAAAAAUCCAUUUUUAGAUUUCCUCCAGAAAGGCCUAAUGGUCUCACUGUCAACCGAUGACCCCAUGCAGUUCCACUUCACCAAGGAGCCCCUGAUGGAAGAGUAUGCCAUUGCUGCGCAAGUCUUCAAGCUGAGCACCUGCGACAUGUGUGAAGUGGCGAGGAACAGCGUCUUACAGUGUGGGAUUGCUCAUGAGGAGAAAGCAAAGUUUCUGGGUAAGAAUUAUCUUGAGGAAGGCCCUACUGGAAAUGAUAUCCAGAAGACCAAUGUAGCCCAAAUCCGCAUGGCCUAUCGUUAUGAAACCUGGUGUUAUGAACUCAAUUUAAUUGCUGAGGGUCUUAAAUCAACAGAAUAAAAUAAAUAAUCCAAAU